AACCGUCUCUGCAAAUUGCAAGUGCGUCUGUGCGCAGCAUCUAGUGCCAGUGGCGCUAACUGAAAUUUGCAGUUUUAAACUUCAUCUCUUUAAUCUCGUCACGGGCGUCCAAAUUCGCCUCCAUUAGCUAUUUAAUAAGCGGUCGCGCGCCUGCCUUUCUGUCCGUGUGAGAAACGAAACCCCUCCCAGCUAGCGGCCCUUUCACUUAAAGUUUGAGAGCUCACCUCAAGAUCCUCCACAGCGAGAAUAGAAGACCCCCCCCCCAGUCACAGGUCACAACUUUCAGGGAGCCAACGACCGCGACCUCUGUUAGGCCCUCAGUGCCCAGAAGACAAACGAGUCGAGAGAAUUGAUUCGAUUGCGAGCGCUUUCUGUAUGACGCAAGCUAAUUUACGAGGGGAGAUCGAAGAGGCCCGCGUGGGUGCGCUGACGAGACUCAAGCAGAGCGCGACGGACGGACUGGAAGUUGACAUGGCGGAACCUUCACGAGAAGCCGACGCCGAGUGGGGGCAAGUCUUUUCAGCAGGAGAGAGCACACGCAGUUUUGUGGAAGCCGAGGUGGUUUCUGCAAUUGAGUAUGACCGCUCAGGAGACUUUCUAGCUACGGGAAACAAAGGCGGACGCAUCUCCAUAUACUGCCGUCACGGAAAUCCAGCAUCGAAUCAAUCCAUGUACGGCGGAACAAGCGGCGACCCACAGUACCAAUUGUACACUGAGUUCCAAAGCCACAACGCCGAGUUUGACUACCUUAAAAGUCUCGAGAUCGAAGAGAAGAUAAACCAAAUUAAAUGGUGCCGUCCGGCUGGCGGGUCCCGCUGCCUGCUGUCGACAAACGACAAGACCAUCAAACUCUGGAAGAUACACGAGCGUAGCGUUCAUGAGGUCACGACGUACAAUGAACAGGGUCUUGCACACAUACCACGAGGACAGAUAACUCCGGAACUUAUUCGCCUGCCGCAAAUACGCAAUCGGGGCCAGGUUACAACAAGCUCAGCCAAGCGGGUGUACGCAAACGCACACACGUACCACAUCAACUCGAUUGCGAUAAACAGCGACGGAGAGACGUUCAUUUCGGCUGACGACCUACGCGUCAACCUGUGGAGUCUUGGUGUCUCUAAUCAAAGUUUCAAUAUCGUUGACAUUAAGCCUGCGAACAUGGAAGAGCUAACCGAGGUCAUAACAGCUGCAGAUUUCCACCCAACACACUGCAAUACGAUGAUGUAUAGCACCAGUCGUGGCGCCAUCAAGAUGGGUGAUAUGCGGCAAUCAGCUCUGUGUGACGCGUACUCACAAGUGUUUGAAGAGCAAGAAGAUCCUGAAGCUCGCAGCUUCUUCUCUGAGAUCAUUGCGUCUAUCUCAGAUAUCAAAUUCUCUCCGGACGGUCGCUACAUCAUUGCACGCGACUUCCUCACGCUUAAAGUCUGGGACAUCAACAUGAACUCACGCCCAGUUCAAACGAUCAAUAUCCACGAGCACCUGCGCCCGCGGUUGGGAGAUCUGUACGAAAGCGAUUGCAUCUUCGAUAAAUUCGAGUGCGCGGUCAGCGGAGACGGCAACAACUUCAUUACAGGCUCGUACAAUAGCGAGUUCCAUAUUUAUGACCGCUAUGGGCGCGCCGACAUCUCUAUCACGCCACGUACCGCACGAGUGAGUCGCCGCCACUCCAUGCCACAGCGAGGUAUUGCUCAGCAGAUUGCCGCGAUGCCCACUCCAGGUGACCCGGACGCGUUGGAUUUCUCCAAGAAGAUCUUGCAGGCUAGCUGGCACCCAUCACUGAACGAAGUUGCCGUAUCCAUCCGCAACAGCCUUUUUGUCUAUGCGGCCUAGCAGCUUUGAGCAUGACCCUGGGAGUGUUAAUUGGUGAAACAGCUCCGUUGGUAAGAGAGUAGCAUGCAAAAACAGCGGAUAAACGGACAGUACAGAGUCCCCCUGAAUAAGUGUAGCUUGUACUUCAUAUACCCCUUUAUAUCGGA